AUGCUAUUCCUGUUAUUAAUCAUGUUCUUAGCUGAAGUUUGUGGCCAAAUAGCAGACAUUGAUCGACUCGAACAUGAUCUAUCAAAGUUCUUAUCUUUACCCAGGUAUAACUCGUCCGAAAAAUCUUUGGCUCGAAUGGGAAUACGACAAGCGCUUGACGGUGUUGGGUUGCAAACCACUUCUCAUGCAUUUAUCACGGAAGAAGAGGAAGACCUUGGUAUCAAUCUUCAUGCUAUUCAACGUGGUCCCUACUACGAUACACCGAAUGACAAAGUGAUAGUAGUAUGUGCAAACUAUGAUACGGAGAAGAAUAACCCGGGAGUUGAUGAUAACGGCUCAGGUGUCGCGGCCGUGCUAGAAACUGCACGAGUUAUGACUACUUUGCAACGAUUAUACACGAGAAAUAACACUAUCAUCUAUGCAUUCUUUGACAUGAAGCAUAAG